GUUUUCCAUUUAUUAAUUUUUCUUUUUGUUUUGAGCCUUGAGUCAUAACAGAACUGUACAAUACAAUACAAUACAAUACAAUACAAUUUUAUUUUAUUUUAUUUUUUGUAUCCAGCGGUUUUCUCACAAGCUAAGCACAUGUUUCAAAAUGGCGGACGAAGAGAAGAAAGAGAUAACUCAAAUGUCUUGCGCAGAUUUUUCAGAAUUUAAGGAAGCUUUAAAAGUUCUAAGGCUAUUAGAUGACAAAAUCAUGUACAAGUUAAAUACUAGUGUGCCUACAGAAAGCUUUGCUGGGGAGAUAAAUGGUGAAGCGAAAUGUAGAGAACUGUACACAGAGCUGUUAGAUGGUUUUAAAUCAAGAGAAAAUGCCAUCAAGCGAUGUAUACAUGAGGUGUCUAAUAAUAUCAAAAGUAUCAAAGAACAACGGGAAGCAAACCCAGAUGAUUUUGACUUAUCAAAACGACUAAGAAGUGAACAAACCAAGCUGCGUUUAAUGCAUUCUGAGUUGAGUGUAGAGGAAGUUCUCAAACCUGGUAGUUUAAAGAAAUUUAAUGACAAGUGUUGGAAGUCAUUCAAGCCUCCAAAAUAACCAUGUGGCACAGAGGAAAACAGUCAUGAUUUCACAUUGGCAUUCCAACACAGAACUAGAUCAUUUAGGAGCAUAUCUUAUUAACUCAACCAUUUCAAUUUAUUCAAUUUAUUAAA